AUGGUGCCAUCCAGGGAAGCUCUGCUGGGACCAGGCACAACUGCCAUUAGGUGCCCCAAGAAAUUAUAGAACCAAAAUUACAAGGGCCAUGGAUUGUCAAAGGGAAAAGAGCGAGAGCAGAGAGCAUCCAUCCGGUUCAAGACCACCCUCAUGAACACACUCAUGGACGUCCUUCGCCACAGGCCAGGAUGGGUGGAAGUGAAGGAUGAAGGGGAGUGGGAUUUCUACUGGUGUGACGUCAGCUGGCUCCGGGAGAACUUCGACCACACCUACAUGGACGAACAUGUGCGGAUCAGUCACUUCCGGAACCACUAUGAGCUGACCCGGAAGAACUACAUGGUGAAGAACCUGAAGCGGUUCCGGAAGCAGCUGGAGCGUGAGGCAGGAAAGCUGGAGGCAGCCAAGUGUGACUUCUUCCCCAAAACCUUUGAGAUGCCUUGCGAGUACCACCUGUUUGUGGAGGAGUUUCGCAAAAACCCAGGAAUCACCUGGAUCAUGAAGCCUGUAGCCCGGUCGCAGGGGAAAGGCAUCUUCCUCUUCCGCAGGCUGAAGGACAUCAUGGACUGGAGGAAGGACACAAGAAGCUCUGACAACCAGAAAGAUGAUAUUCCCGUGGAGAACUAUGUGGCUCAGCGUUACAUUGAAAAUCCCUACCUGAUAGGAGGCCGCAAGUUUGACCUGCGUGUCUAUGUGCUGGUGAUGUCGGUGUUUGCUGAAUGCCUGCUGUGGUCUGGGCACAGGCUUCAAGAUGUUCACCUCACCAACGUGGCUGUGCAAAAAACAUCUCCUGACUACCACCCAAAGAAGGGCUGCAAGUGGAUGCUGCAGCGCUUCCGGCAGUACCUGGCAUCCAAACACGGGCCCGAGGCAGUGGAGACGCUCUUCAGGGACAUCGACAACAUCUUUGUCAAAAGCCUGCAGAGUGUGCAGAAGGUGAUCAUCAGUGACAAGCACUGCUUCGAGCUGUACGGCUAUGACAUACUCAUCGACCAGGACCUCAAGCCGUGGCUCCUGGAGGUCAAUGCGUCCCCAUCACUGACAGCCAGCAGCCAGGAAGAUUAUGAGCUCAAGACCUGCCUCCUGGAAGACACCCUGCAUGUCGUGGACAUGGAAGCGAGGCUCACAGGAAGGGAGAAGCGAGUUGGGGGCUUUGACCUCAUGUGGAAUGAUGGCCCUGUUAGCAGAGAAGAGGGGGCUCCUGACCUGUCGGGAAUGGGAAACUUUGUGACCAACACACACCUCGGCUGCGUCAACGAUCGGAAGAAACAACUGAGGCAGCUCUUCUGCUCCCUUCAACUUCAGAAGAAAGCUUCCAGUUGAUCCCCAGCUGCCAGGAGGAAAUCAGCCUUAGCAGGUGCUACCCAGGCCUCUCCCUGACUCCCAGA